GCGAAGCCAACAUACUCGUAUGCGUCUCUGAUUGCGCAGGCGAUAAAUGCGACACCCGAGAAGAAGGUGACCCUGAACGGCAUUUACACAUUCAUCAUGAACAACUACCCGUACUACAAAAACGCGCAGAACGGCUGGCAAAACUCUAUCCGCCACAACCUGUCGCUGAACAAGGCCUUUGUCAAGGUUCUGCGUGCGAGCAAUGAGCCUGGGAAGGGGUCGUACUGGGCCAUCGACGAUGCGUACAAAGGCCAGUUCUCGAACGGCGUGUACAAGCGCACA